UAUAUAUCUAUAAUGAUGAAUGCAAUGAUGGCGGGCUGCACACGUGUUUUCCAGAUCUCUGGCGUCAAAAACCAUGACAGGAAGAGAGCUUUGGUCCAGGGAAUCCAGCAUCUGGGUGGAAAAUACAUAGGUGGCUCAGUGUAUCAAUGUGCCUGCACUCAUCUCAUAAUCCCAAUGGUUUUGUCCAGUGAGAAAUUUUUGGCCGCCUGUGCUGCAGGAAAGUGGGUUGUGACACCAGACUAUGUGGUGGACAGUGUCAAGAAUGGCUUCUGGCUGGCAGAGGGACCCUAUGAAAUUUCCAUAUCCACAAGCAACACAUCUGCAUUCUACCCUGUCAGGCAGUGGAGGGAGAAGGUGGCCAGAAGGCUUUCAGGGGCCUUCCAGGGCUGGAGGGUCCUCCUUAUGGUCCAAGAGCCCACCAUACAAAAUAAUUCAUACUCUGAUUUUCCUCAGGCUAUUAAGAGCGGGCAGAGCCAAGUUUACCACUGCCCUCCUCCUUCGAAUGCUUCUGUCACUCAUGUUAUGGCUAAACCUAUCACAGAGGACUCAAAAGCCCAGGAUGCUCCUUAUCCUGUAAGCUACAUUGUCCAGCACCUUUUUGGGAGCAAUUAUGUGGAUUUAUAUGACAUGCAAGAUGGUCAUCAAGGUGAGAUGAGGAGGGCUGGACUUUUGGAUGUGGACUUCUCUGAGCUGGAGACAGAGCUCAGGGAUUUUGCCAUCAAACAGGAAGGCAGGCCGAGACUUUGCUUCCUUGAAUUUCUGGGUUACCAUGACCCAUACCAUCCGCAGUACCAGGCUAUAGAAACAGACUUCAGCAAUGUUGGUAGUAUGAUAGAGUGCGGGCUCUUCAUCGAAGCGUUGGACUCAAUCAGGAGUGCUUUGUACCCUGGCGUGCUGCCACCAGCGGCUCACCUGGUCUCCCUCAUAGACUACGCACAGCAGGGAAUCGCCACCUCUGUCUUCCUGAGAAAUUUCCAGCAGGUCAUGAAUAACCUGCUUGUUACCAACCCUCCCUGGCUGGCUCCAUGCAAAGUCAAGAGAUACUUCACCCAGGUGCUGCAAUGUCCUCGGUGUAAGACAGGCACUUGGACUUUUCUAGAGACGGCCAUCAGUUACUGUCUGUCUCCUGAGGCCACCUGUCACCCGCUCCCUGGUCCUGCCCUGCCAACACUGUUACAUUUCCAUAGUGACCUCAUUACAUUUUUCCUCAAGCUCUUCCAAGGAGAACUCCACUCUAUCACCACUGGGGAUUUUGUUCUCCAUGAAGGAACUGCAGUCCCUCAGUCUUCAUCUUCAGGAUCUUUGCUGAAUGGGACCUUCUGGACAGUUUGGGAGCGCUCCACGCUGUUGUCCCUAGCUGUGAAACAACCUCAACACUUGAUUCAGGCUGCAAAUGAGGACCACAAUGCAAGAGAUAAGAAGCAGCAACCACGCUUGCUGCACACCCUGCUGGAGCUCCUGUCUGUGGUGGUGGAGUUCUGGUGUCAACAGCACUUCAAACUGAACCAGAAGCUGGUGGAAAAGAGCCUUAAAGACCUGGCAGAGCACUUUGCAGUCAUCAGCCAGGGCUUGUCUGCGGUAAAUCUGGCAGAUCUGGUCAGCAGGACUCACUCCACCAGACUGAAGUUGGUGAUGGCUGAUGCCAUUUUUAGCAAUCUUUGCAGUAGAAAUGGAUUCACAGUUGGAGAUGAUCCCCUCUCACGCAAGAAAAUGAUGAUGUCCUACCUGCCUGCUCUGGGGAGUUUAGCUCAGAGUCCUUCUGAGGCUGGAAUCAGGACAGGUCGAACCUAUCAGAGCUGUGCCAGUCAGGGGGUAGGCUGCAGCACUGAGAGCUCUUUGGUGAUGGAAACAAACCUGGAAAAAGAAAACGUCCCAAGAGGUUUAAACCGAGUCAACGCAGCAGGAGAGACCCUCCUCCACAGAGCUUGCAAGAGGAACCAAGUGGAAACAGUGCUUCAGAUCCUGGCGCUUCCUGGCACGGACGUCAACGUUAAAGAUUACGCAGGAUGGACACCUCUGCAUGAAGCGUGCAACCACGGCAGCACAGCCUGCGUGGAGGUUUUGCUACGUCACCAACCCGCCCCUCUGCUCAGUAGCCAGGUGGGUGGAGUCAGUCCGCUACACGACGCCCUGCACAACAAACAUAUGGACAUCGCGAAACUGCUACUAGAACAUGCAGGCUCAAUUCUUCUGCAGCAGACUGAUAGAGACGGACGGAUUGCUCUGGAUCUGGUCCCCACAUCAAAGCAGAGGGAGGAUCUCCUCCACAGUGCGCAGGUCGGCGACUCCUCCCUGGGACACGAUGAGACCGAGGUCUUGAACCUGCCCCUCCUGGAGGCUGGCUCCUCUCUGCUGGCCCACCUAAUUUUCUCCUACCAGCGAGAGAGGGGCCUGGCGGGCCAAGCACAGCCCAGUGACAAACCUCACAGUCUGGGCCACAGGCUGGUCAGAGCCCUGAAGGAACACUCCCUCCAAGGAGUGACUUUAGGGUGGAGCGACCAGCGGGCAGUAAGGCUGGUGGAGGAUCUGGAGACACUGUUGGAGCUCUGCAGAGGGCGUUACCUGGGGCAGGUGUCUAGAGCAGUGAGAGAGUGCAAAGGAGAGAACACUCUCUUCGUAAUGGCACUAUUAGAAGAGCUGAAGUCACAGGGAGAGGCACUGCUAGCUGACCUGUGACAGAUGUUGGACAACCCACCGAAAAUGACUGAAUGUAAAACCUGUGAUUUAAAUGUGUUGGUUAUUUAGCAGUGUUCACGAUGUGAUCACAUGGUUUAAAAAUGUUACAAGCAACAAUCACUCCAAAAUAAUGUGGCCUUUCUCAGAGAUAGGUAAGCAUGUGUUUGUUGAGUUAACUGUGUUCAAGUUUAAGAAGAAAUUGGUGAUAUUUCCUGUCUCCUGCAUGGUGUGAAUAUAUAUGCUACUACUUUUUUUUUGUUUCAUAUAUUUUAUGUUUAAAUGGACAAACGUCCCUAAAAAUAUAUUUUGUUGAAUUUGGAGUUUUGUUUUUAUAUUUUUGGAGCACAAAUAUUUCUGUAAGGUAACUACCUCAAGAUCUGCCUCUCUCUCAGCUACUACACUUAAUGUUUGGAUGUUUUUUUGUCACUUGUUAACUAUUUAGAUCAGAAUAAAUGAACAUACAUGACUGUUCAACUCUCUUGCUACGUUGUGAAGUAUUUCAGACAGCAGUGAAGGUUGGGCCACAGUGAUGAAGAGUAAAAGCAGUUUCUCACAGAAGUCCUCCUGUGUUUGAGGUCCUUAUGUGGUCUCAGGUCUCAGCCACACAGACAGCAGUGAGGGAUGAGCCACUUCCUGAAGCUGAAUAUGAAGGAGGGGGAGGGAGUCGGUGGAGUGGACAACAGAAAAAAGGAGAUGUGAACCUGAAAUGUGACCCACUAGAUGAACUGGCUUAUAAUCCCCCUGUGUUUGUUAAGAAAAGAAACCGCUGAUGCCCUGAAAUAAUCCACACACUCUGAAGAUGAUAAAAAAUAUUUAUUCUCA